UGUUUGUUGGUUGAGAACUAGAUGCGUUUAAUCCAGUUCUGAUUGAUCAUCCCUGAGUUUAUUCUGGAUGAGGAUGGCUGUAAUGGCCGAGGUUGCUUGAUCGUUACAAGAACCGUACAAUUGUGUUGGUUCUUGUGAUUUGCUUGGUUCAGAUUUCGUUUGAUCGUUUGACUGCAAGUGCAAGCUUGCAGUGGGGGUGAGUGCCAGUAAUAAGCGAAAAUUGAUUUUCACUUUAUGGUGCACUUUGAAGAUGCUGUAAAAUGGAUUUUAUUUAUCCUUUUUGAUGUGUGCUGUUGAUUGAUUGCGGUGGCCAGUUGUAUCAGAAAUCGUGCCAUUUCUGAUGUGUUUGGCCUGUUUGACUGUGCAUCCUUGAGCUCUAUGGAGGGAGAGGAUGGAUGAAAAACUCAUGGAUGGAACGGAUGGAAAGUUCAACGUUUGGAUGGAUGAUGAUGAACCCGUGUGGAACCAGGAACUCCGGAGGACGUGAACGGAUCGCUGAUUUGGACCGCUCUUCGAACCCCCGUUAUACCCCGGAUUCCACACACGGAUGAUGAUGCACGGAUGAUGCGAUGGAUCCUCCAGGAUUACGUGAAUCGGGUCUUGAACGAAGCAAAACAACGUAACGGGAGCGGAACCAUGCAUCUGCAGGGUUACGGCCGUGGUCCGUCGAACAAGGGAUACCCAAUCGCGGAAUGGCCGCCGGGGACGGAGGUUAUCAGAGCCCCAGAGGGUGGCACACUGGUGAUUCCCUGCAACAACAACCUUAACAACACACCAAAGGCUUACGACAUUCGGAAUCCGCCGGCGUUCGCACGCAACGAAUGGCAGGUUCCCGUUUUUCAGGGCAUUGCGGUAAACAUGGGACGGGGGCAGGAGGUGAAUUAUUGUUGCAACUGGACGACAGACUACGAUCCGGCGGACUUUAAGGUGCAGGCCGAAAUGAUCAAUCUGACCACGGGUGCGUUUUCCAUCACGCUGCCGAAUUUUACGUACGCGGCCACAGGACUGUACGAGUGCCAGUACUUCAACGGGAGCGAGUAUGUGGCGACGCAGCGCUACUGGGUCAGCGCGACCCUUUUCCGCCACAACGUCUUCAAUCCGCCCAUGAAGAACAUUACCGUCCGCUACGGCGACCCAGCGGAGAUGGUCUGCGCGGUACGCUUCAAUUUCCUUCCCGGAUACCUCAAAACCCGCUUCCUGUGGCGCGCUGGAAAUUACUUACUUGUCGCCAGAUCAAUUCCGGAAGUCGCCGAGAAGACCAGUUAUUGGUGGGGAUUUUAUGGAAGCUUUGGGUACGGCGCCUAUGAAGGUCAGUGCAACUCGACGAUGACGAUCCACAGUGUCACAUGGAAGGACGCCGGUCUGUACGAGUGCUGGUUCCGCAUCGACGAUCGUCUCGACGAGUGGAUCAUGCAGGAAGCGUAUCUGCACGUCAUUUAGUCUGAGCUACGAAUUUUUUAGCGGUUAGGCAUUUGUGUAAAUAGAUCUCGGUUUGCUAUGGAUGAUGUGAAGCAUUUUGAUUUUUAUUCUGGAAUGCUUAAGUGUUUUUUGUUAGUGCAGAAUUACUUUAACCAGGAAUGGGAAAAGCUUGUGCCUUCUUUCGUCGCUGUAU